UAGGACCUAUCAGUCCUUGAGUUAAACAUCAGUAACGUCUGCAGUAUUUUUAAAUUACCAGUUCAAGGGCCAUUAUGUUUCUCUCCCGCAAGGAAAUCGUAUCGUUAUUGCUGUUCCUCACGGCGAUCAUUUCCGUGCUGAACGCGUCGGUGUUUGGGAACGUCCUGCCCCUCCACGUCAGUUAUGAGCAGUUGGCCCAGCAGGUGGUCUGCGUGGGAACCGCCUACAUUUGCCUGAUUUACGCCCUGAGCACCUGGCUGUACCACUCGAAUUAUUCCAGGACCCGUCUGCACAUGCGAUUGGUGCUGUUGGCCAUGCUUUUGAUUAUGAUACUGUUCAACUGCUGUUCUACCUAUUAUUUCCUAAAGGGCGUUUCCUUUUCAAAACUGGGAGAUUCCAUGGAGCUGGUUUUCCUCUUCAGCAGCUUUGCAGUGGCCUCCAAAUCGGUCAGCUUGAGCAUGUCGGCCAUCUGCGUGGCGCUUCUGAUCGUGAUAAUGGUGAUACUCAUUGUGACCAUCAUCCAGACCCAGAGGAGACAUCGACGGGACAGGGAGCGAAACCUUGAGUCGCAAAAGUAAUAAACUCAUCCUCAUUCCCGUGGGAGUGCACAUUAAGUUUGGUUUUCAUGCAACGCCAAACAUUUCAUGUCGCUGCAAUGUGGCGCCGCAGCUGCAAUAAUAUAAAUAUUGCACUCGUACGUCGUUUGGCACAGACAGACACGAACUGCUCACCUCAUAUAUUUUUGCACCCUUGACACACCGGUUCUGUCUGUGUGCUUUCUUCGCAGGUGAUAUGAAAAAAUAUAGAAGAGAAUCUCUGUCAUUGCUUUUCCAAGUCGCAGUGUGCAUGCUCUGAUGUCAAGGAAUGCCUAUAUGUUGUAGCACACUUUGUAAUACUUGUAUAUUUUUGUAGUUCUAUGUUAUAAGUGUUACUAAAUAGGAUAGCAAAAAUUAUAUGCCUUUUUAAGAUCCUUA